AUGUUCCACAGAAUGAAGUGCCGAGCGAACGAUUUAUGUCUUCGACGAAUGGGUUUACAUAGAUUCCUUGUUCGCGCUGUUUCUUCAAAUGGUUUUUUUACGAGUCGGAAUCGAGAAAAUCACUCAAUGUGGUGCUUCGAAAGGAAUAGAUGGAAAUAUCUUGUAAAUUUACAGAAAAGAUUCCUGCAAGACGGAAGGACAAAGGUAAAAAAAUCGCUCAAUACUUUGUCCAUGACUCGCUCUUUGUUUAUGUUUUUUUUCCUGUUUAGCGGAGGGGGGGGCAAGGGGCAGGGGGGCAGGGGGAGUAGGGCUGGGAGGCUGGUGUUUUCUUAAUUAGUGAGGCCGGGGGGGAUGGAUGGAUGAAGUAGUAUUCUACUGUAUCUUGACUAAGGUUUUUUCAUCCAGAAAAACUAAACGUCUGGAUAUAAGAUAAAGUAGAAUAGUAAUUAGUUUGGAUGUUUUGGUUGUUGUUGUAUCGGAUCAUGUGUACUGUAGGUUGUCUCGGUCGACAUGUGGGCCGAUAUAUCGGUCGACUGUCAAGGUACUUGUCUAUCGACUAUCGACUAUUUCCUAUCAUCCUGUACUUUUCCUUCUAACUGCCCUCAGGAUAUUUUAGACUGACUUAAUGCUUCUAAUAAACAACCAUUUUCAAUUUUCACUGUUACUUCACAAGGGUGACAAUAUUAUUCUUAUGGGAAGUCCUGGUGCAGGAAAAACUUCUGUUGGAAGAAUCCUUGGGAGACAUUUGCAGAGAGAAGUUCUUGAUAUUGAUGAUGAUGUCUUGGAGAAGGUGUGGGGAAUGACAGUUGCAGAAAAGGUAAAUUAUAUCUUGCAGCUGUGAAGAAUAUCCACUAUAGAAAUAAAUUCAAUAACAUUUGAACUUGGAGCACUGUAGGGCCAUGUUUUGUUGUUGGUAUUCACAAGUAUAAAAGCAUAAAACAAAUAGUCAUUUUCUCGAAAAGUAUGCUUGUUCUUGGGUGUAAAUUGAAUUUUAAACUUUUUUGACAUCUAGUUGUCUCAAGUGGGCUCUGAUGGUUUUGUUGAAGCAGAGGGGCAAGCAUUGUUGCAGUUCUUUCCCAACAAUGCUGUUGUGUCUUUGAGUGGGUCCAAUCCAAUGCAUGCAACAGCCAUGGAUCACACCAGAUCACUUGGGACUGUUGUGUACUUAGAUGUGGCAGAUGAAGAGAUAUUGAAUCGUCUGGCUGCUAUGAAAGUAAACAGGAUUGUUGGACAGAAUGAAGGUAACAGAUGAAUUCAAUUUGGGGGUAGUGUGUAAUUUAGUGUUAAAUUCUUAGAGUGAAAGUUAUAAUGGAUGUGUGGUAGACAGUGUAGAGAAUUGAUGCUUUGAUCACAGGGUGGGUGGGUUGACUGAAAUGUUUAUCAGGUCAAUAGUGGCAAGUUCUGUUAAAUAACUGUUAUGUAAAGAUUUUAAAAAAGAAAUCAGAUAUAAAUUUUUGGGACUAGUCAUUAUUUGUUGCCAGGGGAGAGGGGAAGGGCAGGGGGGGGGGGAAAGGGAGAUUUGGAGGAUUUUGAUUUUGUCACAACAAAAUUUACCUGAUGCCCCAGAAGAAAGGGCUCUGUCAUAUUAUUACACACCCUCCCUCCCCCCUUCCUCUUUCAUGGUCCUUCCAUUAUACUCUGUUAGCGACGACUGAUUCCCCUUCAUUCCCCCUGAAAGCUAUGUGAUCCCAACUACCCCCCCCCUGCAGGCAAUAAAUAACAACUGUUCUCAAAUAUUUGUGGUUUAUGAUGUCCAAUCUUUGCCUUUUUAGGUAUUAGUAUGAAUGAAAUUCUUCAGUAUCGUAAACAGUUUUACGAAUCUAGCUAUGAUGUUCGUGUCAUCUGUGCCAAUGGAGACUCCAUCGAAGAAAUUGCCAGCAAAGUUCGGAAAAGUUUGGCAGAGUUAAGCAUCGAUCAGGGAUUUACAAGCACAAGACAGGAACACUCUGACACUGGUGACAGUCCAGGAUUUUUACAAGUGGUGUUAGAAGGACUGGCGCCCGACGGAGGACUAUACGUACCCAAGAAAAAGAUACCACUUUUUACUGAAGGUGAGAUCAUUCAGUAAUUUUUAAUUGAAAGUUAGCCAGCAUUCCUUAAGUUUGUUUUACAUCGCCGUUUGAUUUGUCAACAAAACUCGCGCUAUCCUUACAACCAAUCAGAUUCAAAACUGAAAAGUCAGUCCCAACUUGGUCACCCACGUUUUCCCGCGCUUCAAUGAAUUCGAUCGUUUGAUCGACAGUCAAUCUAAAAAUGCUUAAUACUUAUAACAAUACUAAGAGAGAAAGUGAACACUAUCCCAUUAUUAUGUCGACGAUCAAUCGUAUCAAGACGAAAAGUCAAUUAUUUCUCGAUUUCUUUCCACUUUAUAGGUCAAUGGGAAAGGCUUGUAGACUGUAGCUACCAAGACAGAGCUUUGCGAAUUCUAGAAACAUGGAUUUCACUAAGCGAACUUCAUCCGUCAAGUUUGCGCCAAAUGAUUUACAAGGCUUACUCCAGUAAUUUCCAACACGAAGGAGUUGCCCCAGUUGUCAAACUUAACGAGCAGUUCUAUCUACAAGAACUAUUCCAUGGACCUACCGCCUCUUUUAAGGACAUGGCUUUGCAGUUGACACCGCAGUUUUUUAGCGAAGCUAUCUCUCGAACGUGUUCCUCUGAUGAGGAUCUUAAACGUCUCAUUCUCGUUGCCACAUCAGGAGACACGGGUAGUGCAGUGCUGGAGGGUUUUAAAGAGAACUUUGAUACUGAUGUCCUCAUUCUCUACCCAGAGGAAGGUGUCAGUUCGAUCCAAAAGGCGCUGAUGGUUUCGUCUGAUGGUCAAAAUAUGCGCGUGAUCGGAGUGAAAAGCGACUUCGACUUCUGCCAAACGGCAAUUAAGACGAUCUUUAACAAUAUGUCGUUUAGCAAGAAACUAGCAGAGUCGUAUGGUGUACAACUGAGUGCGGCGAACUCUAUAAACUGGGGAAGAUUAUUACCACAAGUUGUUUAUCAUGCCUCGGCAUAUUUGGAUCUUGUUCAAUCUGGAGUUAUCUCCAUGGGUGAGGAGGCAGAUUUGUGUGUACCAACAGGAAACUUUGGUAAUAUUCUGGCUGCCUACUAUGCAAAGGUUAGUAAAUAAGAAGCACACUUCAGAAACCACACAACAAUUAUCUUUGCCAUUGAAUAGGAAAAUGAAAAUGAUGAUUUGAACUGUUUUGUGAGAUUAGAAAGAGGAAAGUCUCCUAGAAUUCAAGGCAUAAAUGUUUCUCUUUAUUGUGUACAGGAAAUGGGAAUACCUCUCAAUAAUCUGAUCUGCGCUUCCAACGAAAAUAACAUUCUUACAGACUUCUUUCACUCUGGUUCUUACGACAUGAGUAAACGAAGGAUUCAACAGACCCUUUCUCCAUCUAUCGACAUUCUGAAGUCGUCCAACUUGGAAAGAUUACUUUAUCAUGUAACUGGACGAGAAGUGUCUGGGUUGAUGAGAUCGUUGGAUGAAAAUAAGCAUUUUCAGGUAUGUGACUAGAGUAAAUUCAUCAUAACGAUCACUUUUUUUUAGUAUUUCCGAGGAGAGUCAUCAUGGACAUUUCCAAUCAAAGGUUUGGGAGGGGUUUAUGCAAUGUAGAAACCAAUCCCCCUCCUAGCCCUAGUCCGCGCGGCUAUCCAUAUAAGUUUGACUUUCGCGUGGAUCAUGUCUGUUUUAUGCAACAUCUGUAGCAGCUUGCAUAAGGUCACAACCUGAUGCCGUGUCUCGGACAAAAACCAAUAAAUAGAGAAUAAUACAUGGGCGCGCGUAGAUAUGGAAUUUCUCUUCGAGUUUUUUUAACACGAUAGCUCAGGAGUGAGUGCAGCGAUCGAGCUUUUAAAAAAUCGACUGAAAUUGUCAAAACGUGAUAUUAAGAAUGUUAAGUUUGAGAAAGGAAGCUCUUAAAUUUACAACAAAAUCUCUGAUUAUUAUUAUUGGUAUUGAUUGUUUAUAUGAUAUGUAUAUAUAUAUUUAAUAAAUAGAUACUUAUUUAUAUUAUAUUAAGUAAUUUGAUUUUACAUUAAUUAAUAAUUAUAGUGGGUCCACAUCAGCUUGUAUGUUGCGUAUUCCUGACCUGCUUUGCUAAAUAAAGUUAUGUAUAUAUGUAUGUAUGUGAGUGUAGCGAACGAGUGAGAUGUCGAGUUGACACGAGAAGAGAAAUUCUUCAUCUAAAAGAAAGCAUGUAUUCUUUUGUAUCUAAACACAAUAAUAGCCCUUAGCUGACAAGAAAAAUCGGUAAAAGGAUCGACAGUCUCCGAAUAAAAACAGUGGAGAGCGUUGGCGUUAAGGCUCAAGAUGAAAAAAGGCGUUGAAUCGCUAUAAAAUCAACAAUAUAUGGGAGUAAUUUUCAAUAAAUAAAAUUCUCGUUUAUUUAUUUUUUCCUUACCGACAAAAGAAUUCCUUAAGGUACACGACAAAAAUCGACUUGUGGCAAAUCUUCCGUUUGUCGAUUUUCUUUCUCAGCCGCGAGAAAUGCCAUCACCAAAGCCACUAAUUACAUAACUUUCGGUUUUUCUUUCAUAUUUCGGUCUUCUUUCCCUUCUAGGGAAGUGUGAACGUCACUGUCUGUAAGCGAUACGGAUUUUUCAGUGUUUUAGCAGCCAUAAUCGGGGAAAAUUUCGACAUACAACGAUGGAUAAGAAUGGUGAAGGUUUUGCCGUUCAUUCAUUAACCAGACCAGCUGAUUGGCGAUAUCAAACACACAUGAAAAAAUAUCGUAUUGUGUUGUCACGGCACGGGAUGGAAAUCCUUGUAAAACGCCUUUCCUUUUCUCUCAGUUUGUUAAUAUUUUGUACUAGAUAGUUAUGUGAUCCAUGCACUUUACUUGCAGGCUUUUCAGCACGUGUCACAUUGGUCUUUAAAAGCGUUUUCCCCCAUGUGAAUGUGCUAAAAAGCGUCUUCAAUGUCGAUUCGUAACCAUCUUUAUGAGUUGUGUAAUCAUCGCUGACACGUGCAUCUACACAUGCUCGUUUUGCUUUAUAAAAACUUGUUUUUCUAUUACAUGUACACUUGAGUCUUUGCCAUCGCUAGAUCAGAAACAGCAGCUACUUUAAGAUGUCCAAAUUUCUGCCAAAAUUGUUCAAAUCAAGCGAUCGUAAGAACUGGAGGAGAGACAUGUUGAUUAUUCCUCACCCAAACGAAGUGACCAUUUCGACAGAAUUCACCCGUGGUCUUGGCAGGCGACUUCCUUGCUACGACCUAAGCGAAAAUGUCAUCAUUGUCAAAGCUGAAGGAAAAUCAAUCAGUGCUGGAACAGGUGGCUCAGAUGAAGGUAGUCUUCAACUCAAAGAGAAGUCAGAACGCGGUUUGAUGACGCCCGUGGACAAAAACCCUCCAGCUGAGAGGAAGGAAACACUGAUGGAAUUAAGAAAGAGACGUCCUUCAGGGUUUAAAGAAUUCGAGAUUGCCCUUGGAUCGCAGGACUUAGAGGAAGAGGUUGCCUUACAGCUGUGGGAGGAUAUUUUCAAACCGUUGCGAAGCAGUUUUCAAGGAGGAAAAGAUUGCUUUGAAUAGAUGUUAAAGUAAUGUGACGUUUUGUUCAGCAGCCGAACAGUUUACUCAGAAUUUUCGCCGAAAAAUUAUUUUUUAACCUAUAGAGAGUAUCAUAUGUUGAUUCAAGAUUUUCAGCGAUUAUAAAAUUGAAAGAAAUAAAAGGAAAAAGAAGGCGUUUCUUUUCUAUGACGUUACUGUAAUUCGGUGUAAACAUGGUUAGCCGCAUUGUACGUAUGACGUCACUUCUCGUUACCCUGGAGACUAAUUUUUGCCACAUUUUACGAAAACAGACCUUAUUUCCUCUUCAUUAAACUUCCCUUGACGCUUUUGAACUCCACACGAUGACUGAUACAAAUAUUUAUAUUUUAAAAAAAAUUUGUUUCAAAAUUUCGACAAGAUAACGAAUAGCGUUAUUUGAUGUAGUAUUGCAAGUUAUGUAUUGACACAAAUUGCCAUGUUGGCAUAAUUAGUAUUGUGAGUAGGAAAUGGAAAUAAAAAUUAAAUACUAUGUGAAUGAAUGAAUAAGUAAAGCGAAGAUCUUGGGAAGCCAACAGCUACCGUAAAAGAUCUGAAAACGAACUAAAACGCCAAGUUUACUUUCAGAACUACUUCAGUUCAUUCUAUCUUCCCCAACCUCCCCUCCCCUCCAUUGUUUGUUUGGUUGCUCGUCAAGGUAUAUGUUAUUGCCAGGGAACGCGAAACAUCGAAUUGUAAUGAGAGCAAAUCAAAAUGUUAAAUAUAUAUUAGUAUAAUUGCUUCGAUGAUUGGGGAUGCGCACGCUCUAACUGGUCAAGACCGUGUCAUAUCUUGCUGUAUUCACCUCGUGCGAGAUGAUUAUAGCAGGAGCGCUAAAUUUCAAAAUGGCUGCCCUGCAUUUGGUCGAUGUUUCCGAAGAAGUGAUUAAUGCGAUAGAUGAAAAUUCAAAUUGGGAAGAUCACGAAAGAUGCUACUGAGCUUGGCAGAACACUUUUCAAAAGUAAGAUGUGAACUUUUAGCUCAUUGAAUGAAGUAAACCUUUGCGAACAUAAAAUCAGGAAAUGGUCGUCAGAGAUAAAAUUUGAGUCACAUCAAUAACUUUUGUUGCUCUUUUAAGUUAAAUGGAAUGUCUGAAGACUAAAUAAUCCGACCACCAAUUUUUUAUAAAAGAGGGCGGCGGAGUAUUAUAAUAAAUCUGUUUGCACAUAUCUCUUCCACUUUAACUUUGGACCUUUAUUCCGCUUAGCAAUUCAAACGUUCGAGCCUGCUACGUGACCGCUGACCGCCGAACACAAACCGCCUGAUUAACGACUCAAAUGUAAACUGAGUUGCCAAAAUAUUUUCUUCCUGCUCGCAAUCACCAAAACAGUGGCAGCUUGCAGCACAGGUUUUGUUGCAUGGAAACCUUUGUUCUUAAGAUCUUUUAUAUUCUUCGUUUCUUUCAGAUUUCUGGUGAUCUUUGGAGCCACUUGUCAACUGUAUUUAAAGCGGAUUGGACUACAGAAAAGAGGUGUCUGGAUGUGAUAAAAUCGACCUAUGAAGAAAAUAACUACAUCUUUGAUCCUCACACAGCAGUGGCUAAAGACGUAGCGGAUCGCUUUGCAAAUUCUCAUCGACCUCUUAUCAUCUCUUCAACUGCCCACUAUAGCAAGUUUGCGUACGAUGUUCUAAAAGGACUGUCAAAAUUACCAGCAUCCCAAGGUCCUUUGGACUUGUUUGGGAGUCUAAACAAACUUGGUGCCAACCCUUCUGCGCAUGCCAAUCUUGAAACUGUUGUCAAGCGAGAUCAAAAGCAGAAUACCACGUGCUUAGCGGAAACUAGUGCAAUCAUGAAAGAAAUAGAAACCUUUUUAAGUCGGUGAUAUUGAACGGGGAUUUUAGUGGGGUUUUAUUCUGAAUUAUAGUGCUAAAAUUGGACUUUGGUGGCAAAGCAUUUAAAAAGAACCAUAAUCAUAACAGAAACUAAGAAAAAGGAAGGAAACUGUUUUUUUUUCAUCUCUAGAACAUCAUUUUCUUUGAAAGAGGCAAGAGUCCCAAUGUGCAAGG